GCAUUAUUGCCUGCGAAAAGUCAUUAUCGCUACAGACUAGAAAACUCACAUAUUUUCUUUUUAUUCAAAAUUAGAACCACAGAUGGCAGCCAAUAUAGACUGUUGAUAAGAUUGACUUGGAGUCUACUCUUUCAUUGCCACUCAUAUCUCUUCUUCCAAAGAACCUCUCUAAGCAAGUUGAAGAGCUGUUACAUGAAAGGAGAAUAGUGAUGGCUGAGGGAGUUGUGUCGUUUGGAGUGGAGAAACUCUGGGAUCUCCUGAGUCGAGAAUCAGAGAGACUGCAGGGAGUUCAUGAGAAAGUUGAUGAUCUAAAAUGUCAGAUGAGAAUGUUACAGUCAUUGUUGGAAGAUGCAGAUGCCAAGAGAUAUGAGAGUAAAGUAGUGAGAAGCUUCUUGGAAGAUGUCAAAGACAUUGUUUUUGAUGCAGAAGAUAUAAUCGAAUCCUUUCUUUUGAAAGAACUUAGUGGAAACCAAAAAGGGAUCAAGAGGCGUGUGAAAAGACUUUCUUGUUUCUUAGUGGAUCGCCGAGAUAUUUCUAUGGAAAUUGAAGGCAUAACUACGAGAAUGUCUAAGCUUGUUGCGCAAAUGCAGAGCUUUGGAAUACAACAGAUCAUCUACAGAUCACCGUCUCUACAAGAGAGACAAAGACCAAGGGAGAACCGACAAACAUAUCCAAAGACAUCUCAAAAGGAUCUUGUGGGGGUGGAACAGAGUGUUAACGAAUUGGUUAGUCAUUUGGUGGAGAAUGAUAGCAUCCAAGUAGUUUCCAUAUCUGGGAUGGGUGGUAUUGGAAAAACCACUCUUGCGAGACAAGUUUUUCAUCAUGACAUUGUUCAAAGUCAUUUUGAUGGAUUCGCAUGGAUCUGCGUUUCGCAAGAUUUUAAGAAGAAGGAUAUUUGGCAAAAGUUAUUGCGAGACCUCAGACCACAUGAGAAGGGAAUCGAACAUAUGAAUGAGGAUACACUCCAGGCUAAGAUCUUUCAUUUGUUGGAAACAUCUAAAUACUUAAUUGUCAUGGAUGAUGUAUGGAAAAAAGAAGACUGGGAUGUAAUAAAAGACGUAUUCCCCCAAGCAAGAGGUUGGAAGAUGAUUCUUACUUCACGCAAUGAAGGUGUUGGUUUGCAUGCCGACCCAUCAUGUUUUCCCUUUAGACCAAAAAUCCUUACUCCUGAAGAAAGUUGGAUGCUAUGUGAGAGCAUAGCAUUCCCUAGAAGAGAAAUAACGGAAUUUAAUGUUGAUGAAGAACUAGAAGCCAUGGGUAAGAAAAUGGUCAAAUAUUGUGGAGGACUACCAUUAGCCGUUAAAGUGCUGGGAGGCUUGUUAGCUAAUAAAACCAUGGUUGAAGAGUGGAAAAGAGUAGAUGACAAUAUUCAAACUCAGAUAGUUCGCAUAGAUGACAAAAGUCAAGAUUCUGUUUACCGAGUAUUGUCUAUGAGCUAUGAAGAUUUGCCAAUGCAGUUAAAGCAUUGCUUUCUCUACCUAGCUCAUUUUCCCGAAGAUUACGAGAUACAAGUGGAGAGAUUGUAUUAUCUCUGGGAAGCAGAAGGAAUAAUAACGUCAAGUGGCGAUGGAGAAACCACUAGGAAAAUUGGAGAAGAAUACAUAGACGAGCUAGUAAGGAGAAAUAUGGUUAUUGGAGUAAAAGAGGAUUUGAGUUGCAAAUGGGAGUAUUGUCAAAUGCAUGACAUGAUGAGAGAAGUAUGUUUAUAUAAAGCCAAAGAAGAGAACUUUCUUCAGUUUAUCGAAGUCCCUACUUCUUCCACCUCCACCAUCAAUGCUCAUACUCCUACGGGAUCUCGCAGACUCGCAGUACAUGGCGGUGAUACGCUGGGACGUCAAAACAAUAAAAAAGCUAGAUCUAUUUUGGGUUUUGGACUCAACAGCAACUUGUGGAAGCAGUCAGGUCAAGGAUUCCGAAAUUUACAAUUACUUAGGGUCUUACAUCUGAAUUUACAAACACAUGAUAGCGACUCUAGAGGAGGGAGAAUACCUUCGAGCAUUGGGAAGCUCAUUCAUUUGAGAUAUUUGAGCUUAGACAUGGGUUGUGCAACUCAUGUACCUUCUUCUUUACGGAAUCUAAAGCUUCUAAUCUAUUUGAGUAUUUUCUCCUUCAAAAGAAUUCAUCUGCCAAGUAUCUUUAAAGAGAUGGUAGAGUUGAGGCUCCUGAUGCUUCCCCAUGUAAUUGACCCUAAAACAAAGUUGGAAUUGGGUAAUCUAGUGAACCUCGAGUACUUGAGGUGGUUCCGAUCAGAAAACGGUAGCAUCACAGACUUACUCCGAAUGAAAAAGCUCAGGAAUCUCGAGAUAUAUCUCAAAGGCAGGUAUACUUCUGAAAUUCUAGCGUCAUCUCUCUGUGAAUUAAGAAACCUGGAGGAGCUUUGCUUGAUCGAUGAGAACAACGAAUCCGAUGGGGCUUAUGAUGUGGAUUUCGUUUGGAAUUUCAUUCAUCUAAGGCGUUUAGCGCUGGGCCUACAUGUGACAAGGCUUCCUGAUCACUCUCGAUUUCCUCCCCACCUUGCAUACAUAUCUCUAACUAAGUGUGAAUUGGAGGAGGAUCCACUGCAGAUUCUGGAAAAGUUGCUUCAUUUAAAGUCGGUUGAAUUAGGUUACAGCGCUUUCGUGGGGAGGAAGAUGGUGUGUUCAAAAGGUGGAUUCCCUCAAUUAUGUAAGCUACAAAUAUGGUUACUAGACGACUUGGAAGAGUGGAUAGUGGAAGAAGGGUCGAUGCCAUGUCUUCGUACCUUGUAUAUAUACAAUUGUAAAAAGUUGAAGGAGCUACCGGAAGGGCUCAAGUAUAUAACUUCUUUAAAGGAACUGAUAAUCACCGAUAAGAACAAGGAGUGGAAGACGAAACUCGUACCAGGUGGGGAAAGUUACCACAAAGUCCAACACAUUCCUAGCGUUCAAUUAGUCUAUGAUAGCGACGAAUAAGGAGAAUACAACCGUCUCAGGUAUAAUAUUCUUUUUUGGUAUAAUGUCAAUAUUGUUCAUUUUGUUUGUUAUGUAUCCUCCUUGAAGUUUAGUGUGAAAGUCUCAACUCUCUGUUAUUCGGUUUUCAGGUGAACCUACUCAGGAUCAGUACCCACCACUAUCGAUUGUGUGAUGUGAUAAUAAGUCGUUUUUGUUGUAUGAAGUUUACAUAUCUUGUUUGUGAUAUAUUCCGUUUAUCUAUUUGCAUGCUCAUUCACUGUAAUGCUAAGUUUGAAAUACAUUUGUAUGUUGAACCAUAUCUUCUUCGAUGUCUCCGUUGUGUGUGCUUAGUUGACUUGUAUGGUCGGAA